UUUGCCCACAUCCCCUGAAAUGAGUGGUCGCUUUAUAUUCUCUCAAGGUGCCAGCGGUGCUACUGUGAAAGAAAAUUUCACAAAACCUCUCAAAUGCGCCACUCAGUUUGACAAACAUCCCAUAAGGUUUGAACAUGGUUUUCUGUUGUCUCCCUGUUGCCCAAUUAAUCUAUUAGGAAGAGAUUUGAUGAUUGUGUUAGGCCUCAACUUAGUAUCCUCCUCUGAUGGAGUGACGGUUACACACAAUUCUUCUUCACCUACAUUCACAAUGUCACAGACCACACAUGAGCAGCUGUUUGCAUAUCAGUGGCAACUUCCUAUAAAUGCCUCCACUGAUCUGCUCUCCACGUCACACUCUCUUGUCACUCCUUUUUCAGAUUUCAUGCACACUGAUUCAUUGCAUUGCACUUCACAUGUGACAGACACAGCAGAUCACGUUUAUGAAUCUCUGUUUUUGCCUUUUUCUGAUGAUUCUCUGAAAGUGUCCAAUGUUUUUUGGUCUGGUUCCAGAAGUGCAGCUUUCGUCUCACUCACUGACCAGCAGUUGGCACUGUUUCGCGUCUCGAAUUCAAGCCCUCACAUCCCGCUCUCCAAGUCUCAUGAUGACAAGUGGCAAGACUUAGGCCCAUUUGUCAGAUCAUGCCAGGCUGCCGUUGAUUGGCAACCCACAACCAGGCCUGACGUAAUGUAUUCCCCCAGUCUGAGUGCAUUUGAUCUAAAAAUGUCUCCAACCUUCUGUUCUCCAGCCACACGCUCAUUUGUUGUGACUGAAAAUCACCUUCAUUCUUAUGCAAUGUUGUCUAGCCCCUCUGACAUUUCUCCUUUACUUUCAGAUCUGCCUGAAACACUGUGGGCAAAGGACAAAUAUGAUGUGGGCCUCAUCAGAAACUGUGAUCCAGUCAAAAUCACUCCAAAAUCUGAUUACAGGCCAUGUAAACAACAACAUCCACUCAGACAAGAAGCAGUGGAGGGGAUACGUCCUGUUUUUGAAUCCUUUUUGCAGGCUGGAGUAAUUGUCCCCUGCCCUGAUUCACCGGUACGCACUCCACUGUUCCCAGUUAAAAAGAUCAGAGACAAAGGUCAACCUACUGAGUGGCGGUUUGUGCAGGAUUUGAAGGCUGUGAAUGAUGCUGUAAUUUUUCGAUCGCCUAUUGUUCCCAACCCAUACACGCUGCUUUCCCAAAUUCCGCCUAAUGCAGUGUGGUUUUCGGUUGUAGAUUUAUCCAAUGCUUUUUUUAGUGUUCCUGUCCACAAGGACAGCCAGUACUGGUUUGCUUUUAAUUUUGAAAACAAGGCCUACACGUUCACACGCUUAUGUCAGGGCUACUGUGAGUCUCCGUCAUUGUACAAUCAGUCUCUCAGGAACAGUCUUGAACCCCUCAUCCUCACUCCGGGUUCAGCUCUCUUGCAGUAUGUUGAUGAUCUACUAAUUGCCAGUCCCACACAGGAGCAAUGUGAAACAAAUACGAUCGCUUUGCUGAGGCAUCUGGCUCGUGAGGGCCAUAAAGUCAGCCUCAGCAAACUACAGUUUGUACAACAAACUGUCACGUUUCUGGGUCAUGUCGUUACCAAAGAUGGCAAAUCCCUGUCUGAUAAGAGAGUAGAAGCUAUUGUUAACAUGCCAAAACCCUUGACGAAGAAACAACUCAUGUCAUUCAUCGGCACAUGCUCUUUCUGUAGAACGUUCAUUCCUGACUUUGCUCUUCUUGAAGCCCCCUUAGGUGCUCUGUACCACGGCAAAUCACUCACUCCUCACGAACGUGUCGUUUGGACUCCAGAGGCAGACGAGGCAUUUGUCACACUGAAGAAGACGCUGCAGCAAUCUCCCACUCUUGCUCUCCCUAACCCUGACAAAGCUUUUGUUCAGGCUGUGGAUGAGAGAGACCGCUGCAUGACUUCCGUCCUCCUUCAGUCUCAUGGUGACAAGUUUCGCCCUUUCGCCUACUUCUCCGCCAAACUUGAUCCGGUGGCAGCUGGCCUUCCACGUUGUUUGCGUGCAGUGGCCGCAUGUGAAAAAGCCGUCCUUGCCUCACGAGACAUAGUAGGUUACUCUGACUUGACACUCCUUGUUCCUCAUGCUGUGUCUCUCAUUCUUACAGAACAGAAGACCUCACAUCUCUCUGCUGCUCGCUGGUUGCGGUAUCACACUGUUCUUCUUGACAUGCCCAACAUCACAGUGAAACGCUGUUCAACUUUGAACCCAGCCACGCUUCUUCCGCUUCCGGAUGACGGGGAAGAACACAACUGUGUGGCUGAACUUCAAGUCCAGUGUUCCCCACGACCUGACCUCUUUGACGAACCUCUUUCUAACUCUGGCUUGAUUCUGUAUGUCGAUGGGUCUGCCUCACGUGACCCUGUCUCUGAAAUCAGGAGACAGGUGACCUCCUCCCUUCCUCAUCCAGCUACUGAACCGCUUCAUAACCUCCAGCCAGGCGACUUCGUGGUGGUCAAGGACUUCCGGAGAAAGAAUUGGCGCUCACGCAGGUGGCAAGGGCCUUACCAGAUACUGCUCACAACCUACACAGCCGUGAAAGUUGCUGAAAGAGCCACCUGGAUCCACGCCAGCCAUUGCAAACGAGUACCAUCUCCAUCGGACCAGCUGACGCCUUCAACUGAAAGCACACACACUGAUACUCCCAAUGAUUGAGAAGCACCGAGAGUGGUGUAUGAUUAACUACACAAGCGUUCGUGGCCUCAUCACCCGUACAGUUAAUGCAAGUCUUACUAAGACUAUGUUGUCAUAUCAGCCCAUACCCUCCUCUGUCACGGAUGUUCCUGACUUAUUCCCCAUCCCUACUUACCUGGACACUGACAACACAGAUUAUUCUGAUGAUGAUACUCAAAUUUAGUUGAAUUUUACUCUUUUAGUUUUCAUUUUCUCCCUCCAGCUUGCUUAUGUGUUUCUUAGUGAUUUCACUAGACAAAAACAGCUACUGCAUAAUCUUUUCAACUUCAUAUUUUAUGAUGCCUUAAUUUAAAUCUCUGAAUUUUUAAGGUGGAUGUGUUACUUUAUGAAGUUUGUACAUACUUAGUUAUAUAUACAUACCACUUCUUUCUGUCCUGGGUGAGGAAUCCCUCACAUGUGGCUCUCUCUAAGGUUUCUACUUAUUUUUUACUCUGUGAAAAGGGUUUUUGGAGUAGUUUUCUUCCUUACGCUUUAUGAGGGUUAAGGGCAGAAGGUGUCACACCAUGUUAAAGGCCUAUGGGACACAUUGUGAUUGGUGAAUAUGGGCUAUACAAAUGAUAUUUGAUUGAUUAAUCAAUUUUCAACCUGGCUUGAAUUUUAAAGGUUUUACUGGAUAUAUUUUCAACCUUAGAUAUACUAUAUGUUGAUGUUUCACGUUUUAUUACAUUUUAAUAUCAGUUUCUUUUGCCAAUCAAUACAGUAUGUUACAUUUUGAUAAUGCUUAAUGUGAUGAUGAUUUUAGUUUGACCUGAUUUUCUUCCAUUUUCAUUUGAAAUGCUUGCUCAAUUACAGGAAAAUUACUUUUUUUUUCUUUCCACAAAAACAGCAGCGGCUACCUAUUGUGGCCUCAUCGCCAGUGACUCUGUAUAUAGGAUUGCAGACUCUACGAUUUUCUUCUAUGAUUUGAUGUUUGUUACUGAUGUUGAUUAUGAUGUUUCUUGAUUAUUUUUCGUUAGUGAUCAUAUUUUUAUUGAUGAUCAAAUGGGGGAGUGUAAUGGAAAAUAUCACUGACCAGUGUCUAAGGUAUUGGAAAUCCCCUUACUAAGUGUCUCACUGCUGUGAUACUGUCUACCAGACAGGAUGGAACCCUUAUUUGGUGAUGUUUUUCUUUAAUUGGUACCAGGGACGGUAGGGACACAGCAGAUAAGAUAGAGGAUGAUCUCAUGUCUUUCAUGUCUUCUUUUUUUUCAUAUCAUGUCUUAUGAAACGCCUCUUUGUAUAAGUUCUGGCUUCUGUGAACUUGCAGCCAGUUGUUCCAUUUUGA